AUGCCCAUCAACACCUCCUCGUCCGACGAAGGCGCCACGGGCGCCGCAAAGUUUGUCACUUCUACCGUUGGGAACACCAUCGGCGGCCUCACCCGCACGGUCGGGGGCAUCACCGGCGCCGCGGGCCGCGGGAUCGGCGACACCAUCACGGGCGCGACGGGCAGCGCGGGGAAACCCCUCGGGGACGGACUCGCCAACGCGUUGACGGGCGUCGAGAACGGCGCGCGCAAGGUGGCCCGCGGCGUCGAGGAUGCCGGGCAGUGGAAGGGUGGGGCGAAGAGGUUCUAA